AUGUGGCUCAUGGAAGAACUGAAUCUGUCCUACGACAUCAAAACUUACAAACGCGGCCCCAACGGCAUCGCUCCCCCGGAGCUGAAACAGAUCCACCCACUAGGAAAAUCGCCCAUCGUCUCGGUCCAACCUCCGGACGCCUCUCCCAUGGUCCUUGUCGAGUCGGCCGCCAUCAUCGAGUACUUCCUCGACCAUUUCAGUGGACCGAACACCCAUCUCGUUCCACAGCGGUAUCGACCCGGGCGCGACGGCCAGGUAGGCGGCGAAACCGAGGCCUGGAUGCGCUAUCGGUACUAUAUGCACUACGCAGAGGGGAGUCUCAUGUCUCCGAUCCAAGUGCAGCUCAUCAUGAAUGCACUCAAAAAUGCUCCCGUCCCCUUCUUCAUCAAACCCAUCACGGGGUUCAUCACGGGAAAAGUCAGCGCCGAGUUUCUCGACCAAGAACUCCGCACGCAUUUCCGCUUCCUCGAGGACCAGCUGGCAUCGGCCCCGGAGGAAGGGCCGUUCCUGUGUGGUUCGCGGCUGACGGCCGCGGAUAUCCAGAUGAGUAUUCCGGUUAUUGCGGCGCUGAAUCUUUCUAUCAUUCCGCGGAGGGAGUAUCCGCGGUUGGAUGCUUAUGCUGGGUUGAUUCAGAACGAGCAGGGGUACCGCCGGGCUGUUGAGAAGGUGGAGAGGAUUGAGGGGAGGCCUUUUGUGCCGAUAUAG